AUAUAUGUAUACAUAUAUAACAGUUGUACUCAAUCUGUGGAUCCUGCAAGUAUAUCAUAAAUAUAUAUAUAUAUUUAUACUAUUGGCGAAUUAAAUUUACAUAUGAAUUAAACAUAAUUACAAUAAACAAUUAUUUUUAUAAUAUAUAUAAUAAAUAUAAACAAUAAUGCAUUUAAACAUUGUGAAUAAAUAACAAAAAUUAGAUGAUUUUCAUUUUUUAUUUACAUAAUCUAAAAACAUUGCUUAAUUAAAUGAUAGUAUUAUCUAAAAAAAAAAGUUAUGUAAUUUAAUAAAAAGAAGAAUAGUUCAAAAAUUUUUAUUUAUAAUAUUUUUUAUUUAGAUUUAUAAUUUUUGAAGUUACAGUAAGAAUUGUUUGAAAGAAUAUCAUCAACAAUGGCGGAAAUAUCUUCUAACAACAGUGCGGAUGAAUGUCCACCAACAAAAAAAGCUAAAAUACAAAUAGAAAAUACAUCCAAAAAUGUCAGUAUACACGAAACAGAAUUCUGCUCAUCUAUAUUCAAUAUAAAAAAGAUAUUACAAAAUAAUUGUAUGAGAAAACAAAUAUGUAUAGAAGGUGUUUUUAAAGGAUUCGAAGACUCUGCUGUUAUCAUAUUAGAAAAACAAAAUUUUUCAGACGAUGAACAAUCAGUGACAGAAUUGUUUAAUAAAGACACAGUUUUUCAUAAACUUUAUAACAAUGAUAUAUAUGGAAAUUAUGAAUGUUUUCCACUUAAAAAAUUUAAUGGUAUAAAUGCAACAAUAAUACAUCCUGCAACAGAAAAACAUAUUGAAAAAUUUCGAAGAAAAGAACUUCAUAUUAUAGAUGAAACUUAUGAACUUUAUCAAAAAAUUACUCUUCCAUAUAUAGAAUCAAGCAGUUUUUCUAUAGAGUGGAUAUAUAAUAUUUUGGAACAUAAGGCAGAACAAGAUAAAAUUAUAUAUGAAGAUAAAGAUGAGAAAACUGGAUUUAUAAUAGUAAAUGAUUUGAAAUGGGAUGGACAACCAAAUACACUAAAAUUAAUAGCACUUCCAUUUCAAAAGAUUCGAUCUAUAAGAGAAUUAAAUGCAUUUCAUCUUCCUCUAUUGAAAAAUAUAAGAGAAGCUGGAACUGCGGUAAUUGCUAAAAAGUUUAAUAUAUCUGCUUCUCAACUUAGAAUAUAUUUACAUUACCAACCAUCCUAUUAUUAUCUCCAUGUUCAUUUUGCAUAUCUUAUGUUUGAAACUCCAGGUAUAUAUGUAGAAAAAGCACAUCUUCUUUCUACUGUUAUAAGAAACAUUGAAUUGAUGUCAGAUUAUUAUAUGAAAGCUGUACUUUCAUAUGUUGUUGCUGAGCAAGAUCCUUUAUAUAUCAAAUUUUUGGAAGAAGGAAUUAUAAAUGAAGUAAAAUCUAAAAAUACAGAAGAUUAAAAAAUAAGAUAAUUAAAAAAAAAUCAUGUAUUAAAAUUAAAAUUAUGUUAUGUGUUAUAAAAUAUUGGAAAAUAUUAACUAAUAUUUUAGAAAUAUAAUAAUAGAUAUCAUUAUUUGCAAUUAUUAAAAUUUUAUGAUUUCAAAUGAAUAAAAAUUCAAAUUUAAUAUUUUUUAUAAUUAAUAACUAUUUUAUAUAAUUUAUUUUUUUUUAUAAAUGUAAAUAACUUUUUAUAAUAUACAAAAAUGAAUUAUUAAAAAUUAAACGUGAUAUAUUAUUGCUUUUUUUUAAUAUUAAAAAAUUUAUUUUGUAUAUGUAUUAAAUAAACAAAUAUAAGAAAAUCCUAAAAAUAUAAUAUAAUUUUAAUAUAAAUUUUAAUAUAAUUAAUUUAUUUUAAUAUAAUUAAAAUAAAAAAUUAUUUACAUUUAUAUAAAAUGCUUUUAUUUAUAAGUUUUUAAUAUUUAUACGUGUAUGUAUAUAUAUAAAGAUGAACGAGUAUCUACAAUAAAUUCUUAUUACAUAUAGUAAAAAAUAAA